UCAAUUCAACAAAUUAAAAUACAUAAAUAUGCAGGAUUGUGCAGACAAUAAGUGCGAUUUUGUGGUGACGAUGAAGAGCGAGGAAGUGGUGAAGGCAAGGCUGGGAGAGUAUUACGAGCACUGGCUGCCCAUGUCCAACUUAGACCUGCUAAUCCCUCCAUUAGAUUUCGGAGUUUUCUUCUGUUACUAUAAUAAUAAUGAUAAUAGGUGCAUUGAGAAAAUGGUGGGAGUUAUUAAGAAAGCGCUGGGUGAGACGCUGGUGUCGUUCUACCCAUUUUGUGGAGAGGUGGUCUAUAACGGGCAUGGCGAGCCGGAGAUUCAGUGCAACAACCGUGGGGUCAAUUUCAAGCACGCUUACGCAGAUGUUGAAUUGAAGAAUUUGGAUCUGUUUCGCCCAGAUGUUUCUGUCCAUGGAAAGUUGAUCCCCGAUAACACUACAACCGGGAAAGCCGGUGUGCUUUCUGUUCAAGUGACGGAACUGAAAUGCGGCGGGCUUGUGGUUGGAUGCACAUUCGACCACCGCGUAGCCGAUGCCCACUCAGCAAACAUGUUCAUGCUGGCCUGGGCUAAUACCGCUCGUGAAAACAACAAUACAUCGUUCCUCCCAUCUUUCCGGCGAUCUCUGCUCAAUCCACGCCGCCCUCCUUCCCACUACCCAUCCCUAGAUGAGAUGUACUUGUUUAGAUCUUCCCUCCCACCGCCCCCAAUCCACGACGAUGAUGAUGAUGAUGAUACCGACCACCUCAUCAGCCGCAUCUAUUAUGUCCCCUCCGACCAAAUCGCGCUCCUCCAGUCCCUGGCCACCGGCAACGGACAACGGCGUAGCAAACUAGAGUCCUUCAGCGCUUUCCUCUGGAAAACCGUCGCCCAAGGCUGCAAAGGCGACGGCAAGAGAUGCAGGCUUGGAGUCGUCGUAAACGGGCGGCAAAGAAUGAUGAAAAUACCCUCCGCCCUGCAAAGCUACGUGGGAAACGUCCUUUCAGUUCCAUACUCGGAAGCGAGCGUGAUGGAGCUCCGAGCAACGCCGCUCAGCGGGAUCGCGGAAAGGGUGCACGCGUGCUUGGAGAACGCGGCGAGGGAAUCGCAUUUCUUGGCGCUGAUCGACUGGGUGGAAGUGCACAGGCCGGAGCAGGCGAUCGUGAGGGUUUACUGCAAGGAAGAGGGGCAAGAAGCCGCGGUGGUGGUGUCGUCUGGGCUUCAGUUUCCGGUGUCGCAAGUGGACUUCGGGUGGGGGGCGCCGGGUUUCGGGUCUUACCAUUUUCCAUGGGGCGGGCAAACGGGAUAUGUGAUGCCGAUGCCAAGUGUCCAUUGUAAUGGAGAUUGGAUCGUGUAUGUGCACCUGUUGAAGAGGUACUUGCAUGUGCUGGAGACUAAGGCUGCUCAUGUGUUCAAGCCCUUAAAUCAUAUGUAUCUUAACAGCUCAUUUCCGGCCUCCCCGCCCGUUGAUAUUAUAAUUAAGCAAUGAAAAAAAAACACACACACACAACAACAACCCGAUCAGUGAACUCUAAGAUGGUAGCCCAUUGAAGAACCUUUUCCAUGACUAGUUGGUGAUUGUUUGGCUUGAAGCAAACCCCAUCAUAUGUAAGUAAAUUACUUGGUGUAGUUCGCCCUGCCAUUUGAUUUAGUUAUUACAGU